UGCUCCGCUCUCUCGUUUUCGUCCCCACUCAAACAUUUCAUCGAUCGAGAGAUCGAGGGAGAGAGGGAGCAUCGCGCGAAGAGGAGCGAAUACCCGAGACAGUGCAGGUAGGAAACAAUGAACGCCCCUGAUCGGUACGAGAGGUUCGUCGUUCCCGAAGGUACCAAGAAGGUUUCGUACGAGCGAGACACCAAGAUCAUCAACGCUGCUUCAUUCACUGUCGAAAGGGAAGACCACACCAUCGGCAACAUUCUUCGCAUGCAAUUGCACAGAGAUGAGAAUGUACUCUUCGCUGGUUACAAGCUUCCUCACCCUCUGCAGUAUAAGAUCAUUGUCCGGGUACACACUACAAGCCAGUCAUCGCCCAUGCAGGCAUAUAAUCAGGCUAUUAAUGAUCUUGACAAGGAACUUGAUCAUUUAAGGAAUGCUUUUGAGACUGAGAUGGCUAAGCAUUCAAGGGACUACUAGUUACGUUUGGGAACGACUGUUUAUUCUUGCUUGCUUAUGUAUUGAUAGGUGGAGGUGUUAUACUAGAAAGAACUGUCUGUGGUCAUGUAACAGAUUCUUGCUUCAUUAGGAUAAACGUAAUGGAUUCUCGGGGUUUUGUCCUUGGCAAAUUGGCAUAUUCAGCUGUUUGGUUUUCUAGCUGAGGGUUCAAGCACCGUUGUUAUCAACCUAUUGUACUUCUCUUUGUCUAAUGAUUUCCUUCAACUAUCGCAUCACUGCAGUCCAGUUGAAUAUAGCUAUAUGGUUUGCAUGA